AUGGAGACCAACUGGACUCCACUGCCACCAGACGACAACUCCUCUGCUGCGCCAAGCCCCUUCCUCUUUUCCUACCCGCGCCUCUUCAACAUCUCCUCCAACCUGUCCACCCAGAGCGUCCCCUUCCAGGGCAGCAGCACCCUGGUGACUGCGGUCAUCUCCCUCACCGUCUUCAUGGUGGGUCUGACCGGCAACACUCUGGCCAUCUACGUGGUGCUGCGCUAUGCCAAGAUGAAGACGGUCACCAACAUCUACAUCCUGAACUUGGCUGUGGCCGACGAGCUCUACAUUCUCGGGCUGCCCUUCCUCACCACGCAGAACGUGCUCUCCUAUUGGCCCUUUGGCUCGUUCCUGUGCCGGGUGGUCAUGACCGCGGACUCCAUGAACCAGUUCACGUCUAUUUUCUGUCUGACGGUCAUGUCCAUCGAUCGCUACCUGGCAGUGGUUCAUCCGAUCCGCAGCACCAAGUGGAGACAUCCCCGCGUGGCCAAGGCGGUGAGCGCAGCUGUGUGGGCCGUGUCCUUUGUGGUGGUCCUGCCGGUGGUCAUCUUCUCUGAUGUCCAGGAAACAUUUAACUCCUGCAACAUGAUCUGGCCCGAGCCGAAGGACGUGUGGUCGACAGCCUUUAUUCUCUACACUGCCACUGUGGGCUUCUUUGGACCGUUGCUAAUCAUUUGCCUCUGCUACCUACUUAUCAUCAUCAAGGUGAAGUCCUCUGGGGCCCGGGCGGGCUUUACCAAGCGGCGCCGCUCGGAGCGCAAAGUGACGCGGAUGGUGGUGGUGAUCGUGGUGGUGUUUGUGCUUUGCUGGCUGCCGUUCUUCAUCAUCAACAUGGUCAACCUGGUCGUCAUCAUCCCGGAGUCCAGCGUCACCGCAGGCGUUUACUUCUUUGCCGUCAUCUUGUCCUACGCCAACUCCUGCGCCAACCCGUUGCUCUACGGCUUCCUGUCAGACAAUUUCAAACAGAGUUUCAGAAAAGUGCUUUGUUUGAAGAGUAUGAGGUGCAAGGCAAACGGCGUAGAUGAUGGCGACCCCAGCGCCCCUCGCACUGAGAAAACCACUGCGCACGAAUGCAUCCUGCUCUCUCCCCGUAACCAGAUCUACGAAGAUGCCCAGACCUGCCAGAUUUCUCCUCACCCUCCAGACUGGCCUGCCUCGUACACAGCAGCAGACCUGCACCGCUCCACCCCCACCCGUCCCGCUCCCUCCUCUUGCCCCGGGAUCGGGCCCACAACUGCCACCACGGUAACCUCCACCACGGCCACCCCUGCUGAUCCUCCCACCGUCACCGCCAUGACUACGCCUGCAUUCUCUGCAACCACAGCCCCACAGCAACAGUAG